AUGUUUUGCCUCAGUGUCAUCCAACACGACCUCCGGCUACCGCCCCACCUGCUUAGCCUCUCUCUUCAUAAGGCUAUUAGAGGGCAGCUUGAGCGUCUCUUCUUAGACAAGGUCGUCGCGUUCUGUGUAUUUACAUUUAUUUGGAUACUACCUCUCUCUCUCUCCUACUUUCUUUACUCCCUUUCGAGUUUUCUAAUUCAUCUAAUCUGUAUAUCUACUUAUGACUGAAGGUUAUUUCAAAUUUGGGUCUUUGCGUUUCUGUCUAUGAUAUCCAAUCCGUUGAGGGUGGCUUUAUCUUCCCUGGCGAUGGGGCGUCCACGUAUAAGGUGCUUUCUUAUUUGAACAUGACAGAAUAAUCAAUGAAGUAUUUCUUUUUUUAGAUGAGCUACUAAAGGUAGGCAGUGCUGCAUGUAGGUUAGCAACUUAUUCUUGUUUUUAAUGGAAUACUAUCUCUAAUGAUGGGUGGAGUGAGUACUACAAGUCUGAAAUAAGCAAAGAAGAAUAGACUAAGAUGCUAUAAGUGGACUUUCCUUACAGGAAAAUUUAGAUCCCCCAGGAAAGAACAUUGUAACCAUUUGUAGAUCGAAAAAAAACAUUCAGGGCAUAAUCUCAUCAUAGUAUUGAUUCAUUCUUGGAAUCUUUUUGGACUGGCUCAAUCUUAGUCAACAUUUCUACAGGCUUUAUUCCUAACUAGCGUGAUUUAUAGAUAUAUAACGUGGGUCACUAUUUAGCUCUGUUGUUUCCAGAAUUUUGGUUAGAACCGAAGUAUUGACUUCUUUUUCGUACCAGAAUUGUUUUUAGUUACUUCUUCGUAUGCAUGCUCUUUUGAGGUUGUCUAUUUUUAAUGUUUUUGCCCAAAAAUGUUACUUUCACGAAUUUUUUAAAGACUAAUUUAGUUUAUUUUCUCAUUUUUCAUCUGAAGUUUUUUACUGUCUUUUAGAAUUGAUAUUAUGAACUCUUUCCAUCUAGGAAAAAAAAUAUUAUUUGAGGAAAUAUCCCUACGCUUUGGAAUGUCUUUGUCGUUCUUGUAGUAUUAAUUCAGUUAUGUGAUAGGUUGUAUUCAGAUUGGUGAUGUUUCGUCCAUUUGUUGGCGAGGUUCUGAUUGGAAAACUUGAAGCAUCUAGUGAGAGUGGCUUGAAAGGUAUGGCUUUAAGUUUCCUUUUUAUACCUGAGGGUGUUCAGCUUAUUUUAUAUAACGUUAUGAAAUGUUUCAACAAUGUUGUAUUGCUCUCUAAUUGCAACUUCUCAUUUGUCUUUCUUCUUUGGUUUGUCCUUUUUAUUGAAAUUUUUAAAUGUUAACCUUGUUUUCUGGAUUUUAUAUGUUUGCAACUCCAAUAUUUUCUUGAUCUUAGGAUAAUUAGUUCCACGGGGACUGAGAGGUGUUGUUGGGUGAAUGGAAGACGACUGUAACAGUGAAAGAAAAUAACGAUAUCUGAGGAGGAUCGGACAUAUAACAGUUAAGAUAAAAGUGCAUAUUUACAUUCGUGUUGGCGAUUUUAAGAAAUAUUCCAUAAUUUUUGAAGUUUAAUGGAGCAUGCCACUCAUAUUAUCCUCUGAUAAACAUUAAUGAAGUUGAGAUAGAGUAAAUGCAAUUUUUUAGUUUUCAAUGCGCUGUUGGCUAUAUUGAGGACUUUCAAUGCUAUGACUUUCAUUGUUUAGUCUAAACGUUGGGAAAGGUUUUGUUAAAAUGUCAUUUUCGCGUCAUUGGCCAUUGUUAACACUCAAUGGUCGUCUAGAUAAUGGCCAAAAGAACUUCUUUCGAAGGAAUGUUUGUGUGCAACAUGCCCCUAAACAAGUAGUUCCAACUUCUUUAUUAGGGCAAGAAAAUAUCCUAAAAUUGAUAUUACACUUGCUUGAAAACAAGACAACGAGGUGGCGGCCAAAAUUCAAGAGGAAUCUCGAGGAUGACGAAGUUCCGAAACUCAAAAAACCUUUUGAGCAUGCUUGUAGAGAGGAAUAUCCGUUGUGCAUAGACAACGUUGGAGAUGGGACAGAAAGGGAAUGUUUUGAUGGAGGCACUAGACAUCCUCUUUCUCCUUAAAAAAUAAAAUUUUGAUGAGCUAGUUGCUUUUAUAAAUAAUGUUCGCAAUAUGUGCAGUCUGUGGAAAGGAAAAAAAGACUUGGGAACAUUUAUUUUUCUUUGGUAAUCCUUUUCUCGGGGAUUUGGUAUUUCUUAUGCCUCAAUCACGUAGGUAUAUAGUGCCAAUGAGCAAGUCAUGUUCAUGAUCUGGGGGCAUAUUUGGGUUAGAACCGUCUACGAAAUCUUGUAUGGACGCUUUUAGGGGGGAGAGCAGUCCACCGUAAAGUUUUGAUUGUUUGCUUCCAAGAAGGUGUAGGGUGUAGGAUUGGAUGAGAUUGGGUAGGUUUGGAGGAGACGAUUUUGCUUUUCUGGGUGUUCUUAGAUUUUUAUGUUUGGUUCAACACCAUGUUUUUGAUUGGAGACAAUGGUGAUGAAUAGGGACUCUUUUUGAAGGCUCGGCUCAGAGAUAACACGCCGAACAUAAUUCUAUCCUUUUAAUGAUUUCAAGCAGUUUCCUUCAUCAUUUCAAAUGAGAACUACCCGGAUACAAUUAAGGAUUUGAAAGCAGCUUAAGCUCAUUCCUGAUCAUAUUUGGUUCAGGAGUUUGUCCACCUAAGGCGAUUUAUGUUGCCUUCAGUGAUUAGGGUACUGCUACUAUUGUGUCUUUUGAAUUGUGUUCGUAUUCCUAUUAGAAUGUCAUGUUGGAUUGGUUCUUUGCUGAGAAGUGCUGACCGAAACUAGGAAAAAGAGCUAAAUGUACUUUUAAAAACGUAUCCACUUCCUUCUAUGAUACACUGGAAUGUUCCAUAUGUAUUGCUGAAUCAAUGAAUUUCAAUACGGAAUUUUAACAUGCAGACAUAGCAGGACAGAGAAGUUUGGUUGGUGGGUGAAAUGUUGACGGAUUUAUUAUGUUACUAUUUUGUGGUUCUCACCAUGAUCUUUGUUCACGGUUGAUGGAUUCAUUCGUCUCACCAUGAGUUCUCUUAUGUGCAUCAUCUUAGAUGGCCCUUAUAUUUUUUGUUCUUGCAUGUAUGACCUGCUAUGUGGAUGCUUGCAAUAUGAUUGGAACCUCUGAUUGCAGUAUCUCUUGGCUUUUUCAAUGACAUUCACAUUCCUCGACAUCUUCUACAGCAACCAUGCACUCUGUGAGUGAUGUUUUUUCUUCAAAUAUACUCCUAUUUAAUAAUAUUUAACAUUUCCUGUGUUGUAAGAGAGGUGUUCGACCACGAUUUUCUUAUGUUUUCUAUUGUGCUCUAUGUUUUCUGAUCAUUACAGGGGAAAAGAUGGAGUUUGGACUUGGGACUAUAGUGGGUCAUUGCUGUCUUUGGAUAUUGAUGAGCAGGUUAUUUUGAUUUUAUUUUGAUUUUUUUUUUCUGUAAAUACGUAGAUUGUAACUUAAGUGAAUGUUUUCCCUUAAAUACUCUUCUUAUUUGUGACUUGCAGAUACGUUUCCGAGUAAGCAAUAUUAAGUACCCUCCGAUUCCAGUCAGGCAAGAGGAAGAUGCAAAGCCAUUUGCUCCUAUGGAGAUUACAGUAAGUUAGGGAUCACUUGAUGUGAAUCAUUGGAAGUCUAGGGUUUCUUAAAUCCUUGUCGGUAGAUUAAAUUGAUACAGGAUUAUUACCUCCUCUUAGCACUGUUCAUGUGAUGUGAUUCAUGCGGUCAAGGCUUCUGAACCAGGCUGGUCUGGGCUUUUCCUUUUCUUUUUUUUCUUUUUUUUCUGUAGGUAAUCUGAUUGAUGAUUUUGACUUGAAGUGUCUCAUCCCGUCUUCUGACCUUCUUGCAGGGCGACAUAUAUGGAGAUGGCUUGGGCUUGGUGUCGUGGUGGGAGGAAUGA